ACGUCAGGCCUGUACAGCAACUGCUCGUCUUUCUACUGCCUCUCUCCAAGGUUAGAGAGAGAUAGGCCCGACCGACCAGCUGGAAACACACACUGGGAGCAGAAUUGAUACCAGGGAUUAAGUUUUUUUUUCACAUUUUCUCCUGCACUAGAGGCUUUAAAGUGUUGCCUUCUUGCGCGCUGUGAAAUCGUCUAUUUCGUCUCCACCAUCAGGAGGAAGGUUGUGCAGCAGCAGCGAAGGAAGAACAGAUCGUUAUCGCCCUGUUUUAUUGGUGCUUAAUGGAAACGCGCAAUCAUAAAAAAUGGUUGCAUUUGGAGAGUCUCCGUGAAUGCGAUCGUCUCCUUCCGACAUCGGUGCGUCAGAGAAGACACCUCAGCAGCUAGCUGGACUCCGGGUUGUUGGUUGGGUGUGUGAAGUCUUCUUCACUGUGUGUGCACCGUGUGCUGCUGCUGCUGCUGCUGCUGCUGGACUGAAGGUGACUUGCCUGCAGUAGUCGAGAGCUAUGCGGAGAGGAGUCGCAGGCGCUCAUCCGGCACUUCUUUCUCUGCGCUCCGAGGCUCGACUGGGAACACAUUUGCUCCAUCUCUCACACUAGAGAGGAGGAGGAGGAGGAGGGAACGUGCAGAGAGAAAUAGACAAUAAUCGAGGUUUCAGCACAGCCACAGCAGCUGUGCGAAGGUGAAUUGAGCGCAGGAGAGAAUAUAAGGUGAAGGGUGCAGAGGGGUGGUGAGGAAGAGAGAGAGAGAAAGUGGUGGAGAGUUUUGGUGUGUGGAGGAAUAAUAAGAUCCAAAAAACCUGUUCUGUAUUAGGGCUGUUUUAUUAGUGGAUGUGUAUGCAUGAGUUCUGCAUCGAAUGGGCGCAAAAACCGCCCCAGAUCCGCCGGGAACAUCUUCCAGAUCGGCAAGCCUCCUUACCGAGACCCGGAGAGGAGGGAGAGCACCGAGAGUACCCGCAGAGCCCAGCGCGCCGUGGCCGACUGCAGAAUGAUUGUCCAAGAAUUCAAUACGCUUGUGGCUCUGUACCGUGAGCUGGUCAUCUCCAUUGGCGAAAUCACUGUGGACUGUCCUUCUUUACGCGCCGAAAUGCUGAAGACCCGAACUAAAGGCUGCGAGAUGGCGAGAGCUGCACACCACAGUCUCUCCUUGAUAUCCGGGCCAGAGGACGGGGAGAUCCACCCUGAGAUCUGUAGGCUCUUCAUCCAGCUGCAGUGCUGUCUGGAGAUGUACAUCACUGAGAUGCUCAAAUCCGUCUGCUUGCUGGGCUCCCUGCAGCUACACAGGAAAGGUAAGGAUUACUGUGGCCCUACCGGGGUCGAGAGUAAGAUAGAGGAGAGCUCAGACAUCCCCAUCCUGGAGGACACAUCUUCCUCCCCCACUGACUUUCCUCAGCUCUGCUGGCUGGUGGCCACUGACAUCGAAAACAUAGAAAGGGAUAUGAGGGAGAUGAAGAACCUUCUCAGUAAACUCAGGGAGACAAUGCCUUUACCAUUGAAGAACCAAGAUGACAGCAGUUUGCUGAACCUGACUCCCUACCCACUGGUCCGACAGAGGAAGAGGCGGUUCUUUGGGCUCUGUUGCCUGGUAACCAGCUAAGGGCCCCGCCUUUGUGGGUAGGAGGCGGCAACAAAGACACCAUUACCCACUGUCCUUCACCACUUGUGUCUCCCACCAAUCUAUUACUGCCAUUUUCAAAUAAAUUGUCUCUUUCUCUUUUUUUUAAAGGCUGCCCAUUUUAUAAUUUUAUUUUGUAAUACAAAGAAGAAUUGUAACUGCAAUGUAAUGAAAACAAAGUCAUGAACAUAUAUUUUAAGAUAUUUUGCAACAAAUUUUCCCUUUUUUGGUAAAUGAAGUCAGAUAUCUGCUUGUCCAAUGUAAAAGAGAAUGAGAGGUCAUUUAAAAUAAUGUCAAUGUUCAAUUACUUCCACAAACCUGAGUGAAUGAAAUGAGGAUUCAUGUAAAAAAAAAGAAGGGAAUAUAAUUGUCAGUUUCUGUCAGAAAUAAUGUGAUAACUUAUGAAUAGACGCCAUCCGAAUAUUUGAGGACGGCGCUUGCAAAGACAAAGUUAUACCUUCGUAUGUCUAAGUUGAGAUGACAGGUUUGUGCAGAGUACGUUUGUUGUGUAUUACAGUCCCUGUUUUCUGUUUCUUGCUGUUUUUUCUUCUUAAUGUACUUAAUUUAGUCUUCCAUAAACCAAGUACCUGUAUCCAACUUUAACUUUCCAGCUUCAAAAUGGAAUAUAUGAUACAAUACUCAAAAAGAAAACUUCUUUGCACACAAUAUCUAUCUAAAAAUUGAGACAUUAGACUUGUAUAUACACAUACUCUUUACGCAAUGCUCUCUGAAUUAUUUUCAAAGAUGGAAAUGGUUUGCAACGAAUCUGUUGGUUGGUGUAAGCAGGGAGGGUCUCCCUCUGUCUGAGGCAGUCCAGUGCAGACAGAGGCCAGGCAGCAUGGGUCUUGCUUAUUAAUGAUAGUGAUCAAUGUUUAGGGCACGGCGAAGAUACAGUAGUCAAAGCUGAUAUAGGUCAUUUUACAUUGUUAAUAAACUUUUGUUAUUGAAACUAA